AUGCCUUCCUACUCUGCUCUUACCAGAAUCAGCCCUCAGUAUGUCGAGGCAAACAAAGGCACCCAGAAGCUGUGCCUCAGCGUCAUGAAUCAGGAUGGCAAGCCUGCCAUCAUUGAUGCUUCAAUCGAGCUCGAACCUGAGACCUCGCUGAGCUGGAUCGAUUCCCUCAUUGUCACUGUCACUGAUGUCAACAAGGUUUCUUUGGGCUCUUGGGCCAUCAACCUUGGCGACACCCUGACCGAGACCAACGGUAGGAUCCUGUAUCCUCCCACCCACGAUCCCGAGGCGCCGCUUUAUGGCAUUCGGUACACGACAGACACUGCCGCAACCCUGUCAAUCGCGCAGACCUUCACGGGGGACUUCCAAGGCCCCAAGGUUGUCAGCGAGCAGUGGUACGAGGCCGCCGGCACUUACGACAUUCCCAUCACCCUGAAUGUACAGCUCUCCCUCGAAGCUGCCGCCACCGCUGUGACAGGACAGGCCUUGCCCGCCAGUAACGACACGGCCAAGACUGUGUUUCCCGUCUCGUUCUCGAACACUACCUUCCAGACUGUCUAUGUAGACAAGGAUGGAGAGUUCUCGUUGAUUGGCCCGGAUGCAACCGACGCAGGCACUCUGCUCGGGGUCUCACGAUCCAAGAACACGUUCUUCAUCCUACAGAACCCGGGCUCGUAUGAUCGCUUCGAUUGGAGCAGCAUCCCCACCACCGUCGCCAAGGCCGACCUGCCCGCAUACAAGCAAGCUAUGCUGCUUUCGCAGGGAGUCGACCUGCGCCGCAAUGGCUCGAACGGAAGCCGGAAGGAGAUCGUGUUCGGAGUGGGACCCAUCAGCCUUGGUGGCUAUGUGGACAUCUCCACGCUCGAGGUCGGUGUCGAGCUUGCUGUGAUCGGCAUCAGUCUCGGACAGGUCAGUGGCAAUUUGAAUGACGGCAUCAAGUUCAAGGUGGAUCUGAUUGCUGCUUCGGGGGAGGUCGACCUCUACCUCGAAGGAAGUUCGCCCAAGGAGGUUUGGGUGGGGUGGGAGGUGAAGGUCCUGUUUGGGGAUGUCUUGAAGGACAGCAGGAAGAUCAUGGAUAUCUGA